GAAACAAGUAGUUAGCCUAGGGAAUAAACAGCCAACUCGCUAUAAAACGAUUUCAUUACGUUCUAGAACCAAUAAAUUAUUAUAUUCGCUCAAUGCGCCUGCUGCCACAACACCCACUGCCGGUAGUUGCACAGUAUCCAAAAACGAAGUCUUCGUUUUUUAAUGGAUCCAAACACUCUGGCAGCAGUACUAGUAGCAACAGCAUUAACAGUCAGCUUUCCGGAAAUGGUAGCAAUACCACUAGCAACACUUCCAAUGGUAGAGACGGGGGAAGUACACCACGUACCAAGGAAGUUAGUACUUUGGAUUUGAAAGGAAGCAGUCCCCCUGGAGGAGGAAAUGCUAAGAAUUUGAGUCAUGUUCCUUGUAAGUUUUUCAAGCAGGGGAUGUGUCAAGCAGGAAAUUCGUGCCCAUUCUCACAUAACUUGGAUGGUUCAUUAGCUGCUGACAAACUCCCCUGUAAGUACUUUCAGAAGGGUAAUUGUAAAUUUGGAUUGAAAUGUGCAUUAGCACAUUUUUUGCCAGAUGGUACCCGGAUUAAUCUGAAGGUAUACCGGAAUAGUCAGGGACAGAAUCAUGGUAACCAUAAUGGGCACAAUGGCCAUGGACUGGGACAUUCUAAUGGUCAAUCUCAGGGUCAAUCUCAAUUAUUCUCAAACUCAUCGUAUUCAAAUGGAACAAUCCAGACAAAUAAUGGUGGGAAUUUGAAUGGUAGCCAGUCAAAUGGGUAUUCUUCACAAACUCCACAAUUUUCACAUUCUGGACUUCCAAAAGAAUUUCUGAUGGAUUAUAGAUCUUUGGGUCAGGACUCGAAUUAUUACCCAAGUUAUCCGUUUGAUCCAUUGGGGGAGUUCCCACAGACUCCUAUCAAUCAAACAAACCUGCUGAAUGCAAGACUUGGUAGCCAAUCUGCGCAGUCAGGUCAGUCAUUAAGCCAAAGUCCGUUUACUGAACCAAUUGACAUUAGCAAUAGAACAACUUCAAGUCUGUCAUUUUCAGUUUCUCCUGCAAGUAAGCUUGCUAGGUUCAUUGGACCAGGUGGUGGUACUACAGGGGGUAAUCCCUUAACUACUAUGUCGUAUGGUCCAAUUUCGCAACUUUCUCCAAUUGGAAGUGCCCGGAGAACAAGCUCAGGCUCAUAUAACUCAUUUGGAUCUCCAUUUGGAGAAUCAUUUAAUGGUCUUGCCAAUUUAGAUAGAUCUUUAGACGGGCAUGGACAAGGCCAAAUCAAUGGGAAUACGAACGGGAAUAGUCAUCAUUUUGGAUUUUCUUCAGGAAAUAUGUCUACUAAUGGUGUAAGCAAUUCAACAAAACCAUUACUUCGGUCAUAUUCAGCAAGUGCAACACCAUACCCUACAAUUUUCUCAUCUUCACCAAUGACUACUCCAUCAUCAUAUCAGACAAAAAUGACCCUUGCUCCAUAUUCCACUUCAGCCAUCGUCGACGAUGAAGAUGAUGAAUUAGCAACAGGAGACUCUUUUUUCGAAGAAGAUUAUGUCCCCAGCUCACUUAGUGAUCUUAUAUUAAACCCACAAGAAUUACAAAGACGUGAUUCUCGUUCACAACUGGGGACGCUAUUAGUUAGACCAAAUUUCAGCACUCUCUUUGACAAAAGUGAAGGAGAGACUCGCCCCACCCUCACGACACCCAACAAGGAUUCAACUGGACACUCACACGGACAUGAUGAUGUGUUUUUGAUGGAAUGAAAAGGAACGUAAAAAGUUUUUCGGAAAGGUACUACAAAAGGAAAAAUGGAUUGGUUAAGAUUGGUUUAUAUAUAUUAGGAUGCUAAAAAGGCUCAGUUAGAAACGUUUAUAGUUUAAAUAUUGUUUAUGAGAACUUGUAGAACCAGUAGAAUAACACACCCAACUGACUGUUUAAGGUGGCUGCAAAACUGUACAUGACCACCCAAAACUAUAUUUAAAAAGGUCAAACAUAUACCAUUGCCA